AUGGACCCGGGGAGCAGGGGGAUCGCUGGGGGCAUGGGGUGCCACCGCCUGCAGGACUCUCUGUUCAGCUCCGACAGCGGCUUCAGCAACUACCGGGGCGUCCUGAACUGGUGUGUGGUGAUGCUGAUCUUGAGCAACGCACGGCUAUUUUUAGAGAACCUCAUCAAGUACGGCAUCCUGGUGGACCCCAUCCAGGUGGUGUCUCUGUUCGUGAAGGACCCCUACCGCUGGCCUGCGCUCUGCCUGAUCAUCGUGGCCAACGUCUUCGCCGUGGCCGCCUUCCAGGUGGAGCGGAGACUGGCGGUGGGCGCCCUGUCGGAGCGGGCGGGGCUGCUGCUGCACGCGGCCAACCUGCUCACCAUCCUCUGCUUGCCCGCGGCCGUGGCCUUCCUGCUCGAGUCCAUCACUCCAGUGGGCUCCGUGCUGGCCCUGGCGGUCUACACCAUCCUCUUCCUCAAGCUCUUCUCCUACCGCGAUGUCAACCUGUGGUGCCGCCAGCGCAGGGCUCGAGUCAAGGCCAAGGCUGCUGCUGUGGGCAAGAAGGCCAGCGGCGGAGCUGCCCAGGGAGCCGUGAGCUACCCGGACAACCUGACCUACCACGAUCUCUACUACUUCCUCUUCGCUCCCACCCUGUGCUACGAGCUCAACUUUCCCCGCUCCCCUCGGAUCCGAAAGCGCUUCCUGCUGCGGAGGCUCCUGGAGAUGCUGUUCUUCACCCAGCUCCAGGUGGGGCUGAUCCAGCAGGUGAGCGGGGCAGGGAGGGGGGUCGGCUCUCCCGGCCGGCAGCCGCGCCCCAGGAGCGGCCGCCUGCAGCCCGUGUGUCCCCAGAUCCCGCUGGCCUGGCUCGUGGGCCGCUUCUUCCGGGGCAACUACGGCAACGCGGCCGUGUGGCUGUCGCUCAUCCUCGGGCAGCCGGUGGCUGUGCUCAUGUACGUCCACGACUACUACGUGCUGCACUGCGAGGCCCCCGCCGCGGGGGCCUGACCGCCACGGUCCCGGCUUCCUCCCGCCGGGAGGCCUCUCUGCCCCUAUGGGGCCUCCUGCUCCCUCGGGGGCGAGACCCGGCCCAGCCGGCGCCUGGGCUGCCCCUGCCGAGGGACCGAGGUUGUCAAUAAAGCGCUGU